GAACGACUUUCUAUUAGUCCCUCGCAUACUAAUAAUUAGAAUCACAUAUUAAAAGCGUCUACUCAUAAAUGUCUAUAAUACGAAAAAAAAACGAAUACUGUUAAGAAGGGUCCAUCUUUCUGAGCGCCCCCUGGAGGAAAAGUCCAGUCACAGAACAACAGGCAGCCGCUCGAAGCUGCUCACGCUCGCCUGACUCUAAACAACAACAGCGCCAUUUUCAGCGCUGAAGGAGGCGGGGACGCUGGGAUCUCCUGCGGUACACAGCGCACCCAGCAAGAAGUAGGUCAACUAGCGAUAUCGCCGAGACGUGCGCACCCAGACUCCCGAGAAAACAACAUAUAACAACGUAAAUCCACCUUCGUUCGUCUCCAAUGCGUGUGCUCUGCGCUGCUCUGAUGUGUUCAGCUUCCGGUCCUGGUUGACAUUCAGACGAGUUAUCGGGAUUUUGUUUAUUUUUCACUGUUUGCGAGCGAGCUGAACGGAGAUAACAUGAGCAACACGCAAAACAGCUCUCUCAGGCCCCCAAGAAUGAAAAGGAGGUUGAGCAGAGACUGUGAGGACAGCACCUCAUCCUGCGAGGGGCCGGCAGACUCCUACAAAAGAGUCAGACAGCCCGCUGAGGACCCUGGAGAUCUGUCCAACUGGGCUCGACUGCCACAGGAGAUCCUGCUCCACAUCUUCCAGUACCUGCCUCUCCUCGAUCGCGCCUUCGCCUCGCAGGUCUGCCGCAGCUGGAAUCAGGCCUUCCACAUGCCCGAGCUGUGGAGGUGCUUUGAGUUUGAGCUCAACCAGCCUGCCAGCUCUUACCUGAAGGCCACUCAUCCUGACCUAAUAAAGCAAAUCAUAAAGAAGCACUCCAAUCAUUUACAGUAUGUCAGCUUCAAGGUGGACAGCAGUACAGAGUCAGCGGAGGCUGCGUGUGACAUCCUGUCUCAGCUGGUCAACUGCUCACUGAAGACUCUUGGGCUGAUCUCCACUGCACGGCCGAGCUUCAUGGAGCUACCGAAGUCCCACUUCAUUUCUGCACUCACCGUGGUGUUUGUCAACUCCAAAUCUCUUUCGUCUUUGAAAAUUGAUGACACGCCAGUGGAUGAUCCUUCGCUCAAGGUCCUGGUGGCCAACAACAGUGACACACUCAAGCUGUUAAAGAUGAGCAGCUGCCCACAUGUUUCUCCUGCAGGUAUUCUGUGCGUCGCUGAUCAGUGUCACGGUCUGAGAGAGCUGGCUCUCAACUAUCACUUACUGAGCGACGAGCUGCUGCUGGCGCUGUCCUCCGAGAAGCACGUGCACCUCGAGCAUCUGCGCAUAGACGUGGUGAGCGAGAACCCCGGCCAGCAGUUCCACACCAUCAAGAAGAGCAGCUGGGAUGCCAUGGUGCGCCAUUCGCCCAAAUUCAACCUGGUCAUGUACUUCUUUCUGUACGAGGACGAGUUCGGGCCCUUUUUCCGCGACGAGAUCCCCGUUACGCACCUCUACUUCGGCCGCUCGGUCAGCAAAGAGGUCCUGGGCCGCGUGGGCAUGAACUGUCCGCGUCUGGUGGAGCUGGUGGUGUGUGCCAACGGUCUGCGGCCACUGGAUGAGGAGCUGAUUCGUAUUGCCGAGCGCUGCCAGCACCUGUCGGCCAUCGGACUGGGCGAGUGCGAGGUCUCUUGCAGCGCUUUCGUGGAGUUUGUGAAGAUGUGUGGCCGCCGUCUCUCUCAGCUCUCCAUCAUGGAGGAGGUGCUCAUCCCAGACCACAAAUACAGCCUUGAUGAGAUCCACUGGGAAGUGUCCAAGCACCUCGGGCGCGUUUGGUUUCCAGAUAUGAUGCCCACCUGGUGAAAUAUUCAUCUGUUGUGUUCAGAAGACCAUAGAAAGUAAUCAGACUGGGACACUUGUAAGCCUUUGGUAAUAUGGACUCGAUGGCUUUUUGUGUGAGUUUCACUGUUGGUUUGUACAUAAAUUUGAAUUGAGAUGUAUACUCCCACACUGCUUAUAAUGAAUGUGGACUGUUGUAAAGGGAUAGUUUACACAGAAAUGAACAUUUUGUCAUCAUUUACUCACCCUUAAGUCCUUUCAAACAUGUAUGAUCUUCUUCUGUGGAACAUGAAAGAAGAUAUUUUGAAAAAUGUUAAUAUUAGUUUUGGUGUCCAUUAACAUCCAUUGUAUUGACAAAAAAAAAAAAAAAAAAGGUUUCACAGAAGAAAGUCAUUCAGGUUUGUAGAAUGACAUGAGGGUGAGAAAUGAUGACAGCAUUUAUAUUUUUGGGUGAACCAUUUCUUUAAAUGGCAUGUUGUGGCAAAUCUCCAUUUAAUGAGAAAAUAUCAUAACAUUUCACCUUAUUAAAACACAAAAUAAUAUAAUUAUAUUAAAUUAGAUGGUGCAUCAAAAAGAGAUGAAGCCCAUUUAAGGACCAUUUGCCAAAACAAUUAAGCAUGUUUUUCCAAUAUCAUCUCUUUGAGUUAUUGUUUGACUUAAUAAUCCUAUUAGAUGCUCAUUACUGCUAUAAAGUAAUUGCUACAGCUCUAUUGUUAUUUAAUCGGUAUAAAGGCAGUGCAACAAAAUUCACUAUGAUCUGUAUAUUAAAAACCUGCCAGGAUCUAUGUAUUUUACAAUAUAGAUCACAAAAUUAAGCUUAUUUGUGAAAAAUAAGUUUGCAUUAUUGAUUUUUGAGAUGUAACAUAACCUGGGCUGCGUUUCCCAAAAGUAUCGUAAGCAUAAGUUGAUCGUAGCUCCAUUGGUGGCAAUGGGUCUACGAUGUUCUUAGGCUUAUGAUGCUUAUGGGAAAUGCAGCCCUGGACAUUUUGUAAAAUUUACUAAUUUAUCUUUUUUUUUUUUUUCUCUCUCUCUUGACACUAAAACUAAAUCAAGGAUUGCUGUACAUGACAUAACAUGUAUAUACUGUAAGUUACAUUUUCAGGACAAAAAUUAGAUAAAAUUACUCGAAAAGAAACUGCAACUGAAAGCUGUUUUAUUUAGACGCAGAUAUUCAUUAUUCAUGUAUUUAGAUGAAUAGGCUCUUUGUUGACAUUCUCAGCAGAUGCUUCACUAUUUCUUAGUCACUUAGUCCCGCUGUGUAUCUGUAUGUCUUCAGUGGCUCAACAUUUAAGCAACUAACCAUCCAUUUUCCCAAAUGCUUGUCCACAGGGAUGUUGGAGCCCAUCCCAGCAUCUCGCAUUUGAUUAAUCUGAAGGCUACUUUGUGUAGCAGGUUCUCACUAGGAAUCUUCAGCAGCUCCUCUAGUGGCAUGAAAAGCCAUAACACUAAUGAGAGCUGUUGUUAUUUGCUAACUAGUGGCCUCUCACUAUGUUCACCAACACAAAUACAAGGAUAAAAAGAAGUGCACAACCAUCAGGGUUGGGCUUUUGGUUUAUGUAGAUAGAUGAUUAACUAUAUUUUACGUGAUUCAAACAUUUUGUAAUAUAACAGGUUUGGUAUUGCGGUGCUUUUGUACAAAGAUGUAUAGUGAAUAAUAUGCACCUUAUACCAAAUUGAAAUUUCUCUUUCUGGUGGUUUAGUUGCUCAUAUUUGGGUGUAGCAGGGAGGAGGGUGCAGAACAAUAAAACAGCAUAUUUUCAAGGUCUUAGGUAUGUCAGAGUGGAAGGAAAUGAAAGGAUCAGUGUUUGGCUCACAGCUCACUUGUGUCCUUAAAUUUGGAAGAAAAUAGUGAAAGCAUCUUAGGGAUACAAUGAAGCGUUGAUUGGCUUCUAUUAGAUUGCAUGAAGAAUGUUGUGCAAUGACAAAUUGAAUGGGAUACGACCAUAUAAUGAAUGAAUUAGUCUGGAUAUGCACACAAUGCACGAUCUGGCCGCGUUAAAAUACGCCCCUUCGUUUCAGUUCAAUAUGAUUCAGUAUUGGAGAGAAGCAGUGAAAACAUUUUCCUUUAAGAAGGAAGUCCCACGUGUCUCUAUAAAAUGCUGUGUGUUUGACAUAAAUAGAAAUACUUAUUUUGAAGUGUUUCUGUGCUGAUCUCUUUCAGAUGAGUGGGAAUUACUCCUUGAUGGAUCUUUGUACCCUUGUAAUUAGAUUUGAUCAGUCUAACUUAUUAAUAUACUUUUUAUUUUUAUUAUUAUUAAUCGCCUUAUACUGAUAGUUAAGCUUUGAGUGAGAUGCUCCUUGUUGAUUUAUAUGCAUAUAUCAAAGUCAAUAACAUGUAAUAGAUUUUUUAACCCGUUAUCAAGAAUUAAAGCUGUUUUAGCUUUUGCAAAUUGUUGUAGCGACUAAAGUAAACUAAGAUUCCUGCCAGCAUCUGAAAAUGAAAUAUUCCUGAAAAUGAUCAGAUAAGGGAAGCCAAAGCCUAGUAGUUCACAUACAAAUUAAAUUACACAAGCUCGGCUUUAGUUAGCAGCGCAUAUCUUGCCAAUUUGACACAAAAAGCUUUUUGUUAGUGCAAGCUGAAGAGCAUUACAUCAACUCCGUGUAAACCAGAGCAUAGGAAAUGAGAAACAAAUUGACAAAUAGCAUCAAACCCAGUGCUUAUGUAUUAGAUUUUUUUCUGAAGCAAGUGAGCAUAUUGUUUGUAUUGCGAAUAUGAAAGCAUCACAUUUCUUUUUUGUGUUGUUGUAAAAAACAUGAAUAUAACAUUCUUUUAUUGAAAUGAGGGUGAAUAAACAUUGCGUGAAAAAU